GCAUUUUAGAACUUAGUGCCGUUAGGUUGGCAGAUUCUGGAAUUUGACACUGUGUAAAAUGGCUGAUAAUUGAAUCCCAAAUCUAGAGAAUUUUCUUUGUUUUCAUUAGGAUUUUUCUUACAUUUAGGACCUGUAUAACCAAAAUAUCCAUUUCACGUGAAUCAUUUCAUCGCAGUGAAUAGAAUAAAAGUGAAAGAUGCAGUGCCAGUGCUCUGAAUCGCUGUAGAAGUUGCGGAAAGUGUUAUUAAAAUCCACCAUAUAGAAUGAGAUAGAUUGACACUGGAGACUGUCACUCCUGGUUAUAAGCAGAUUAUAAACGAAUUUUGCAUAUUUGGAAGGUAAUAACUGCAAAUAAGCGUUUCAGGCGUCCACAUAUAAACGAAAUCCAUCGAUAUUUUACAUCUGAUAGAAGCCAAAGUCAUGCAUUGUAAGAGGAGCACCUUUGGUAUGCAUGAGACAUGUCAGUUCAAUUUGGCACAUAACUAAUGUUGCUUGAAUCAAAAACCAGAGAUAGAAGAAACAACUUGAAUGGUAGACUUCCGCUGAUUUAAGCCUUCUGAAAGCAUGUCUAUACUUGCGUGCAUGGUGGUUGAAGCAUCACAACACAAUGAGCCGAAAUGGCAGGUGCAAGCAGGUUAUUGAGCCUGACGGCAUUGGAAUUGAGGCGGGCGCGUGCCGCCCAGCAUGGGCUACCAGCCACGCUGGGCACGCACCAUACAACAUCAAUCAGCCAACCAGCAUCAGUGCGCUUCGAUCGGUCUACCACAGGGACUGCAGAUUUCCUCAACUACAGCAACACUUAUCAGACCUGAGGGAGAAGACAGGUGGAGAAGCAGUAUUCAUCAUUCAACCAAACAGCAUCAGUGUGCCGCCGUUGGUCUACCACAAAGUGAAGAGAAGUGGAGAAGAGAGGGUAGGAAGCUAGGAGUGGAAGAAGCAGAUAUGCAGAAUCACCACGGAGGAGGCGUCGCUCCAGGGCCUGGAGGAAAUGCCUCAGCGACGACACCCAAUGGUCCCCAGGUGGCUCUUCAGGCAGCUGCCAGGCCACCAGCAUACAUGCAGAAGGCUAUGGAAGAAAUCAAGAACUCUUUGAGGCCAUUUGCAAAAGAAUCUUGCAUGGGAGGAUCCAGCGCGGCAAGCACGAUUAGCAGUUAUUCAGCAACCAGUGGUCUAGGGUCGUCUCUUAGUAGCGCUACAUCUAACAGUAAUGAUGUUGCUCAGCUUAGGCAUCUGUUCAAUAUGGGAUAUGUUGAUGUACCAGGAAGUGGAGACAGGCCUUCAGGCUACACGAAAUUGAUGAGAAAAGCGAGCGUGGAAAGAGAACUACCGGCUACAGCAAGGGGAAGUCCAGCCUUAGACAGUGGAGCUGCAAGUACCAGAUCCGAUUCACCAAGGCUCACUGAUAUACAUUCUACCAUCAGCAGCAGGUACUCUCCGAGUUUCGCGGAACCGCCUCCGCCGCCGCCCCCGCGCAACACUCCGCCACCCCCACCGCCACCUCAUUGCGGUACAGCCGGCGGGGGCGGCGCCGUGACGGCAGUUUCAGCCCCGCCCCCGGUCGUCGUCCCUAGCAACGUGCAGCAAAUGUUCAAACGGAUGUCGCCGGCGCCGCCUCCGAUCGUUCCCGCGAGGGGCGGCCAACAGUCUGGCUCAGUGCCGGGGGUGGGCGUGGUCGCGCAACCCCAGUCGCCUGCUGCUGUGGUUUACUCGACGCAAGGUUUACAGCAAAGGGGCACGAGUCCCGUAAGCAGCGUCUCCAGCGGCGCGGGUACCUCCGUAGGCGUCCGGCCCCAACCGAUGGUCGUCGCGAACGGGCCCGCCGCCCAACAGCAACUCACGCAGCAGAUGCAGGCGCUGCGGAACGGAGGCGGCAGCGGCGUGAACGGAGGCGGCGCAGGCGGAGGAGUCACGUCGGGCGUGGGACAGGAACCGCCUCCGCCGUAUCCGGUGGGCGUGGCUACGACGACGCAGACGGGCGUUGCCGGUCAACCGACGCCGCCUCCUCCGCCGUCGUACAGGGACGCGAUACAGAACAGGCAGAGCCCCACGCAGGAUUUCAGGAAGAGUCCGUCGUCUGGCAUCUACUCCGGUUCAACAUCUGCCGGUUCGCCCAGUCCGGUGACAGUGUCCUCCUCCUGCAGCAGCAGCGCCAUGGCCCGACCCGCCCCCCUGCAAGCGUGGGGCGCCCGACAAACUGUCUCGCAGCCCCCGAUCAUUAUGCAGUCGGUGAAGAGCACCCAGGUGCAGAAGCCGGUGCUGCAGACUGCCGUCGCCCCCGCGGCGCCUCAACAGCAGGCUCAGCCCCAGCAAGCGACUGUUGUGAAUGGGGGCGCGGUCGUUGCAGUCGCCACGGAAGGUGGUCCGGGUGGGCAGCAGCCGCCGCCGCCUAGUUAUACCGCUUCAAUGCAGCAGAAAGGCUACACGACAGUGGUACCAAAACCGGCCGCCCCACUCCCAACAGGCAGCCCUGCCGGUGCAGGCGCGGGCGUGGUGAACGUCCCGACAACGGAACCGCCAUCGUACGCCUCCACGAUGCAAGCGAAAGCUGCCAAAGCGCAACAACAGCGGGCGCCACCGCCGCCUCCGUACACGCCCACGCCCGCCUCUGUCGCGAUAGGAGUGGGAGAUGACCCGACGGCAACACAACAUAUAUGCCCGAUAGAUGGUCAUCAGAUGCAGCCUUCGCCAAGGUCGAGUCCGCAUAUCCAUCCACACCCGCCUUUACAACGAAAAUACUCACCUGCUGUGACCGAUAUGAGAUCGGACAGUCCCCAAUCAACUAGUUCGGGAGAAGGAAGAUUAUGUGGACUGGAUGGCAACGUCGGAGUUGCACCACCCCUACCACCUACAGCGUCAUCUUCCGUGAAAAACCACCACGUGUGCUGUAACGGUAACGGAAUAGGCGGUGCAGACAGCGGAGGCGGUAAAAACGGUAGUGGAGGCGGGGGAGACACGCCCCCUCCGCAAGUACCGCCCCACAUGAAGAUCAAGCACCAAUCGCCGAUACCUGAACGGAAGAAGAUCAGUAAGGAAAAAGAAGAAGAAAGGCGGGAUUGUAAAGUGAAGAAUUACUCGCCCCAGGCGUUCAAGUUCUUCAUGGAACAGCAUAUAGAGAACGUUAUCAAAUCGUAUAGGCAAAGGUUAUUUAGGCGUAUGCAGUUAGAAAAAGAAAUGAACAAAUAGGUCUUGGACCUGAGGCUCAGAUGCAGAUGAGGAAGAUGCUAUCACAGAAAGAAUCGAAUUACAUUAGGUUAAAAAGGGCUAAAAUGGAUAAGAGUAUGUUUGUUAGGAUUAAACCAAUUGGU